GCAGAGCGCGGCGCUUCGCAACUUGGACGCCACUGUCCCUUGGGAGACGAGCAUGAUGAAUGGAGAGUGCCAUCAGUAUGAGGCUGCAAUUGUCAAGGCGUUCUUGGAUAGCACGAAGUACGAGGACAUGGGCAUUGAGGCGGAGUGGGGCGGCUGCACGAUACAGCUCGCGCAUCCGCGGGUCUCCAUGAGCGACGACUUCGCCACCAUGCUCGGCGACAUCAUGGCUGAGGGAGUUUUGGAGCUGACGCGACGGAAUCUACCCUUCACGCACGGCGUUCCGCGUCGGCAGACGCUCCUCUUGGACGACGCGUCGCGGGACGCGUACAUGAGGGAGUUCCAGCGCGACGCGAUCUUGUACGACAAGUUGGUCGGGUCCGCUUUCAAGGGCCAGGAGCUCAUUGUGUCGCGGUCCGUCUUUCAGCUCACGAGCGUCAAGCAGCUCCUGGCUUGCCUGAACGCCGACGACUGGAUGUGGACUCCCAGGCUGACAGACUUGAUAGAGAGGAAAUGUCGGCGAGUGGUUUGUUCACAAAUUGUGGAGGACAUGUUCAAUACAGUGAAGACGUCCGCCGAUAAGAAGAGCAACACGGUGACGACGCCCGUGUACGCGAUGGCGAAGGUGAUUGAUAGUGGGAUGCUCGGCACGAAGCAUAGUUACACAGAGGUUUCCCGCACGUCUGCAGUUGCGCCCCGCUCGUCUUUGAUGUCGGACACUGCGUUCACCCCUCCCUUUCGGAAGUCGAAGUUGCCCCAGGACCUGAAGGAGGCGCAGUUCAGCGAGAUCUCAAGCAGGAUCGAUCCGCACUGGUACUCGCCAGGCGCAUCUAGCUAUAUGGCCCCACUUGCUGACGUGGAGGUGCUGCGGCAGGCCGAUGCGCAGAACAAGUGGGAGUUCAUUGGUCACAAGCUGUACUCGCGGCUCGUGCAGCGCAACGCCAUUAUCAAGAAGAAGCACACUCGUGACUGGUACCUUGGCAUCGGGAGCAUCGAGGGCAGCGUCGCGGUCGGGUGGCCGCUGGAGCACGACGGCGCCGACGAGAGCGCCGUGCACCCGCUCCGCGCUGAUGCCAAGCGACAUCUGAUCUGCAUUUUCAACGUGGACGAGUGGGAGGCCCAGCCCGCGAGGUUCGUCAGCCCUCUCCGCCAGGCCAUAUACGCUGAGAUGAAGGAGCUCGGAGGGUGGGCCUUGCCAACCACGGACAUCACCAUCAAGGGGCCCGCGGCUUACGGCCGCAUGACAAUCAAGGUUGAGAGCACCAGCGCGAUCAAGGGUCUUUGGCAGGUUGCGGCGGAGAAUGGCUUCUGGGACCUCCCCCUUUGCUAUCUCCGCGAGUUGUGUGACCUUCGCGGCAUUGAGUAUUCCUCGUGCAGCCUCAUCCCAGUCUUGGAGGCCUUGGCCAAGAACGCGUUUCCCGCGAUCACGAGCGAGGAGCUGGUGGCCGUCAUGGACAAGCGGAACUUGCAUUACGAGGACGACCUCCAGGGUUGCGAAGACUUGUGCAAUCUGGAUUGGGUCGUGGACGCGUUUGACCGCGAGUCGGCCGAGACCAUGAAUGAGGAGAUGAAGAGCGCCAAGGCCACGUCGCAGAGCCGCUGGGAUUUCUGCGCCGACCUGGUGAAGUACAAG